AUGUCGAGCGUCGACGAGACUGUUGCCAACGUGCAGCGCAAGAUUGACAGGGAGAGGGCCCUGAUCAACGCUGCCAAUGCCAUGCGCCAGUCGACCAACAACCCGGCUGUGCUCUCGCGCCUGGACGGGCAGAUCAAAGACGGCCGCCGCAACAUCGAGUACUUCGAGUCCAAGCUCCGCGACUUGAGCGUGCAGCGCACCGCAGCAGGCGUCGAGAACCUGAGCCUGCAGCAGCCAGGUGGGUUUGGCUCACGCAAAGCGAACAAUCCGCUGACCCCUCCCCCCAAAGAUGGCUGGAACGGCUACAUGUCGCAAGACGCAGACGCCCACGGCGGACAGCAGGGCCAGUAUGGCGACCUCAUGCCUCCACGCGCCCCAUAUGCCCCGCCAGCACCUGGCGCGCCAAACAAGAGGCCCAACUACAGCAAGCUUGACCUGAUCAGAUACGACACCCAGCAUCUUGGACCCCGCAUCCAGCUUAUGCUGUCCCAGCUUGAGUUCAAGCUCAGUGUUGAGAAGCAGUACAAGGAUGGCAUCGAGAAGAUGGUGCGCUUGUACCAGAUGGAAGGCGACCGCAAGAGCAAACAGGACGCUGAAGCCAAGAGAAUCGAAAGUAAUCAGAAGAUCCAACUUCUCAAGCACUCGCUUAAGCGGUAUGAGGAUUUGCACGUUGACAUUGACGGCGCCGACGAUGGUGACGACGACAGUCUGAGCGUACCGAGCCAGAGGAAACCGCUGAGCGGCCAUCUGUCUUUGACGAUUCACGCAGUUGCCGAUGUCGACCACGCCGCUACCGGUCGCUUCAGUCGAGGACCCGAAACCUUUAUCAACAUCAAGGUUGAAGACGCUAUCAAGGGACGCACCAAGCCCUCCAGGAACGACCGUUGGAUCGAAGAGAGGCACGAGUUCGACAUCGACAAGGCGAAUGAAAUUGAAAUCACGGUGUACGACAAGACUGGUGACCAUGCACUGCCCAUUGGCAUGCUGUGGGUCCGGAUAUCAGACAUUGCUGAAGAGAUGCGCCGAAAGAAGAUUGAGACUGAGCUCCAGACUUCUGGAUGGGUUGCUGCAGACAAGAUGGGAGGACACGCCGGCAUUCAGCCUGACCUUCAGUUCCAACCACCCCCAGGACAGAACCCUGCCGGUGGAGCAGGAGCAGGACCCGGCGGCAUGAAGCCUGCCGGAGGUGCGCAGCCUCAGACAGGCCCCAUCACCAUUGACGACUGGUUUUCGCUGGAGCCAGUUGGACGUAUUCAUCUUACGAUGGCUUUUGCCAAACACACGCAAAACAAGACACCGUUCGAUGUUGGUCUUGGCCGAAAGGGUGCCGUCCGUCAACGAAAGGAAGACGUGGUCGAGCAGUACGGUCACAAGUUCGUUCAGCAACAGUUCUACAACAUCAUGCGCUGCGCUCUCUGCGGCGAUUUUCUCAAGUACUCGGCUGGUAUGCAGUGUACUGACUGCAACUACACGUGUCACAAGAAGUGCUACCCUAAGGUGGUCACCAAAUGUAUCACGCAAUCCAACGCCGAAACCGACCCGGACGAAGCGAAGCUCAACCACCGUAUUCCUCAUCGAUUCGAGACUUUUUCGAACAUGGGUGCCAAUUGGUGCUGCCAUUGUGGUUAUGUGUUGCCGCUUGGACGGAAGCAGACCAAGAAGUGUGCAGAAUGUGGGCUUACUUGUCACGCUCAUUGCGUGCAUUUCGUACCUGACUUUUGCGGCAUGUCAAUGGAGGUUGCUAACCAGAUUCUGAUGGAGAUUAAGAGAACCAGACGGGGCCAGUCAGCGUCAGGCUCGACCAUGACGAAUCGAACAUUGCGCCCAUCGCAGCCAGCGAAACCCUUACCCCCAACCCAGGGUUCAUCACAGUCUGGUCAAGAACCGUCAUCGCAGACUGAUAGGUACUCUUAUGGUAAGAACGAAAGCAUUGUGCCGCCAGCCGGCCAACGAACUCAAUCCUAUGCUCCGUCUUCCCAGGCUUCCGGUGCCGCGCGCACAUCGUACUCUUCGGGAGGCUCAACUGCACCGACAUCUCCGACAACUUCACAGCGACCUUCUUCUGGGCGGACACAAUCUUCGCAGUCAGCUAUUGCAGCAGCAGCAGCAGUCAUGUCAAAACCUCCGGGCAGUAACACAGCACCUGGCUACCAGCGCUCGCAGACGGAUUACCAACCCUCUGCUAAACCCGGAGGAUACCCGCAAGAUCAGCGUGCACCUCAAUCACCUCCGCAACAAGCUACAUACAAUCCUCAACAUUAUGCGGAUGUUGAUAAGCGACAGCAACCACCAUACUCUCCUCAGCAGGGAAGCCAGUACGGCAACAGCCAGUCAUACGCUCACCCUCAACCCCCACAGGCUGCACCUCAGCAGCCUCCACCUCCGGCAGCCAAGCAGGACCCCAGACAGCAGCAGCCAGCAUCGGCCUUGACUAAGGCGCCGGAAAACAAGGUGACGCCACCGGCCAAUACACAAGGAACUGGGAGAAGGAUAGGCCUGGACCACUUCAACUUCCUUGCAGUUCUCGGAAAGGGUAACUUCGGAAAGGUCAUGCUCGCAGAGACCAAGAGCACAAAGCAGCUGUACGCCAUCAAGGUCUUGAAGAAGGAGUUCAUCAUUGAGAACGACGAAGUCGAGAGUACACGCUCCGAGAAGCGGGUUUUCUUGAUUGCUAACAAAGAGCGACAUCCUUUCCUACUCAGCUUGCAUGCCUGCUUCCAGACCGAGACAAGGGUUUACUUCGUCAUGGAGUACAUUAGUGGCGGUGAUUUGAUGUUGCACAUCCAGAGAGGCCAGUUUGGAACCAAGCGCGCUCAAUUCUAUGCGGCAGAGGUCUGUCUUGCGCUGAAAUAUUUCCAUGAGAACGGUGUCAUUUACCGUGACUUAAAGCUCGACAACAUUCUACUCACGCUGGACGGACAUAUCAAGAUUGCUGAUUACGGUUUAUGUAAGGAAGAGAUGUGGUACGGAUCGACUACUAGCACGUUCUGUGGUACUCCAGAGUUCAUGGCGCCCGAGAUUCUGCUUGACAAGAAAUACGGUCGUGCUGUUGAUUGGUGGGCAUUUGGUGUUUUGAUCUACCAGAUGCUACUUCAGCAGUCGCCGUUCCGCGGAGAAGAUGAGGAUGAAAUCUACGACGCCAUUCUCGCCGAUGAACCUCUCUACCCUAUCCAUAUGCCCCGCGACUCGGUCUCUAUCCUCCAGAAAUUGCUCACUCGUGAGCCCGAGCUGCGACUUGGAUCAGGCCCCACGGAUGCCCAGGAAAUCAUGUCCCAUGCCUUCUUCAGGAAUAUCAACUGGGACGACAUCUACCACAAGCGCGUGGCGCCACCCUUUGUUCCGCAGAUUACAAGCCCUACAGAUACCAGCAAUUUCGACACAGAGUUUACAAGCGUAACGCCGGUCCUUACGCCUGUACAGUCUGUCCUCUCACAAGCAAUGCAAGAGGAGUUCCGUGGCUUCUCCUACUCCGCCGAUUUCAACUAG